UGGACCUCUCCAGCGGCCCUCCCCCUCGUGCUCUCACAUUUCUUCUUUAUCAUGGUCGUGAGGUCUCGAGACUCUCAGCAUCCCACUAAAGUGCACAUCAUCGAGCUCAGCGGAACUCACGGCAUCUCUGCAUCUGCGCCGCCCGCAGUCACACAGUGUCACCACGCACCGAGAGCUCGCUGCGCCAGAACAAUAACAAGUGCAGCGAAACUGAGACAACAAAGUCGACUCCAGUUAGCGGUGGACGGGACCUCGUGAGACGAACAGUUCCAGGUUUCCUCUGAGGACCAAAGCGCUGAUUUUGCUGACUUCUGAGAGAAGCGGACCAGCAGCUAACCCAGAGCAUGAAGAAGACUCCAAAUUCAGCCCUGAAGAGAUCCUUUGAGGUGGAGGAUGUUGACACUUCAUCUCACUCUUCGCCCGGCUCCAGACGGACCACCAGCUCCCCCCACCGUAACGCCAUGUCUCCCACCAGCAUCUACUACCGGGACCUGGGCACCGCUGGCCCGGCCACCAACAACAACAACCUCAACUACACCCAGCCGCGCUCCAUCAUGGGCGGUGGAGGUUCCAAGACCCCCGAGCCUGUGUCGCGCCGCUCUGAACUUUCCAUCGAUAUCUCUUCUUCCAGCAAGCAGGUAGACAACGCCACCAGCCCUGCCUCCGCACGCUUUGUGAGCAACAGUGCCCUGAAACGUCCCGAAGUCCUGGGACACUCCAAGACCCCCGAGAUGACCCACAAGAGGGAGGUGACCUUUGCCAAGACGCCCACCGACUCCCCGGUGAUUCGCCGCAACGAGGGCAACAACAACAACAACGGGUUCAGUAGAACCCCUGAGCAGAAUCACACCCGCAAAUUUGAACCCCCCAAUCCCGGGGACGUCCGCAAGCCUGAUAUCAGCAUCACCAGAGCUCCUCCGGAGAACAAUGGCCACCACCAGCCAGUGCACCACCCACACCACCCCAACCCUCACCACAACACCAUCGUCACCACCUUCCGCUGCUCUUCGCCCAACCAUGCUGGACGCAAAUCCCCCAACCCUGACAGGUCAGAGGUCAAUCUGAGCCACAGCAACAUGUCUGAGUCCGCCAAGCCUCACCCUCAGGGUAAAGGAGAGAAGACCCAUGUGGGAGACUCCAGUUAUGUGGGCAUCGACGCCAUCCUGGAGCAGAUGAGGAGGAAGGCAAUGAAGCAAGGCUUUGAGUUCAACAUCAUGGUUGUGGGUCAAAGUGGCCUGGGGAAGUCCACUCUGGUGAACACGCUGUUCAAAUCCAAGGUGAGCCGUAAAUCAGUGCAGCCAAACCCGGAGGAGAGAAUCCCCAAGACCAUCGAGAUCAAGUCCAUCAGUCACGACAUCGAGGAGAAAGGUGUGAGGAUGAAGCUGACAGUUAUCGACACCCCUGGCUUUGGAGAUCAAAUCAACAAUGAAAACUGCUGGCAGCCCAUUAUGAAGUUCAUCAAUGACCAGUACGAAGUCUACCUGCAGGAGGAAAUCAACAUCAACAGGAAGAAACGGAUCCCAGACUCCAGGGUUCACUGCUGCAUAUACUUCAUACCUCCCACUGGGCACUGCCUCAGGCCUCUGGAUGUGGAGUUCAUGAGACGCCUCAGUAAGGUGGUCAACAUCGUCCCCGUCAUCGCCAAGGCCGACACACUCACUCUGGAGGAGAGGGACUACUUCAAACAGACGAUUCGGGAAGAGCUGCGAGCCAACGGGAUCGACGUGUACCCUCAGAAAGAGUUUGAUGAGGAUGCAGAUGACAGGAUGAUCAAUGAUAAAAUCAGGGAGAUGAUCCCUUUUGCUGUGGUGGGCAGCGACCAGGAGUACCAAGUGAACGGGAAGAGGAUUCUGGGAAGGAAAACAAAAUGGGGCACAAUAGAGGUUGAGAACAUUGCACACUGUGAGUUUGCCUACCUGCGAGAUCUCCUCAUCAGGACACACAUGCAGAAUAUCAAGGACAUCACAGGCAGCAUCCACUACGAGACGUAUCGCGUCCGCCGGCUAAAUGAGUCCAACAUCCAUUUCAGCGCUCACCUGUCUGACGAUCCUGCUGUUCAGCCAAAAGCCAACGGUCAGCUGGAGGAGCAGCCCAGCGCCCUGCAGCCGAACGGAGUGGCCGCUCAGCAUGAAGCCUUGACCCAUGAGAUGUAGAGGGGCGUCCAGUGAGGAGCCAGUUCACCAGUUUAUGACAUCAGGACACAGCCAGGCACAAAACAUACACUCACACAUCCUGUUUACAUGAUAAAGCACACACACACACAUACACACACACACAUACACUCAUGCUGUGAAGACCAUUUUUAUUACCGAGAAGGACUGCCUAACUACAGCUUUUAAUUUAUCAGGAUGUUACAAGACACAGGAUGGAGAGUAAAUCCUGACAUUUUCCCUUCCAUGAACUGUAUUCUUGUCUUUUUUUCCAUUAAUGCAGUUGUGAGCAAAAUCAUGUCCUCACUGCGACCCACAUAUUGUAAAGAACUCCUGUUUGGUUUUUGUCCAUCAGCUGAGUCUACAAUCAGGAUUGUUUACAAUAAACCAUGAAAGUUGUCAGAUCAUGGAUAACCACAAAGAAAUCUACAGAUAUUUCAUUCCAGAGCUUUGGAUGCUAGCUUUAUUUUAGCACAUCCAGGAGAGCGCAAUCGAAUACACAUACAUGUGAUCUGACUCCAUUAGUAUGAAUAGAAAUAAUAUCCAGAAGAAACAAGCUUACAGAACAUCUUUGCAACAUCACAGAAAGUUUCACCACCCAGGGCUGUCUAGAUGAGGAGAAAUGUCAUAAUUCACAAUGAAGUACAGCAUAUGAGAUGAUGCUAGAUUAGCUGUAAACUAGAAAUAACUUGGCGCCACUGGCCCGGUCUGCUCUGUGUUGUGGUGUAUAGUAUUGUAUAGUUCCUAGGGUUGAGUAGGGAUAUUUAGAUUAGGUUCAUAGUAUUAUGGAGAAAGUAAAGAUGUUUUCGACACCUCCGCACUGUAGAAUGAAAAAGAAAGCGACGGCAGUGUGGAGCAGCUUUCGGAAAAAUGAGUCCCCCUUGUAAUUUUUCCAUCGAUGUUUUUAAAGCCUCUUUUUGCCAAACCAUACUGUCUCUUUCUAUAUAAUGCCAAUGUCGUGUAACACAGUCAUAUGAUGCAUUUUACAUUGCUCAUUUACUGUUGUAUUUUAAUUGCUGAUGUUCAUAUUCUAAUAUUGUUGUAUAAGAUGAGGGUGCAACUGUUGUCCCAUGCAGCCGUUUUUGUCCGUUUUUCUGACUGUCAAGCAAAUAAGUCAUUUUUUUCUGUUCUGUUCUAAAGAGAAGCACAUACAGUAUGUAGAGUUGAUUUAUGAAUAGGUAUUUAUGUGUAUGUUUAGUGUAAUCCGCUUAAUUCAACUUUCAUUCCAGCUGUUGGCUUCCAGAUGUUUGUUGCAGGUCUUUAACAGUGAUGAUAAUUUAGACAUAGACUAUGUUUGGUUUUUGUUUCAUACAGUUUGUUGUACUCUGUUUGCGAGACUGCACUAUAUCUAGCAAUAAAUGACCUUGCCUGAUGUUAAUAAUUAGAUCCAAUCCUGUCAAUAGAUAAAAGUGACAACAAUGACUUUUACAUUUCUUAAGCAUUUUGUCAGAGGCAGCUGCUCUGCUACAAACGGAGGAAGAAUUUGUGCCUACAAACAUCCAUAAAAUCAAAUAAUAUUUCAUCAGCAUCUGAGAAUAUUUCAUAUUUUUGGAAAAAUGUGCACAUUCAUACGAGCUCAAGGGAUAUUUUAUAGAGGCUACGUCUCAAUAUAACGUUCUAAUGUCCAAAAGAGAGUUAGCGUUUUAUGUCAAAGCAACAAAUAUUUUCCAUACACACAAGAUAUUAAAUUCUAAAAAGAGAAGUGACAUCUCUUAUCCAGAGAAAGAUAUUGGGUUACACUCUGUUUACUGUUGUAAAGUUCUUGUGUAAUUUGUCAUGGUAUUAUAGAUCAAGGUUUUAUCUUUGAUAUGCUAUCUCAAAGAAUAAAGAUUGAUAUUUUUAUUGUUUAAA